CCUUUCUCCUGCCCCGCGACUGCUUCUGCCUCCUCUCCUUGGGAAAGAAAACGAAACAACCUUGUAGAGAGGGGCCGCCCAUUAUUUCCGGUACUGAGGCAAGAGAGGAGGCGGAGUUCGGCGCGGGUGGCUUGGAAAAAAAAUGGCGGCGUUUCCAUUUGAAGAAAGCUCUCUGCCGAUGGAAACAUUUUCUGACAAACUAGGGCCCGAUAACCAGGAAGGGCCGGGUGCAGAGGACCUGCCUAUGGUGUUCCUCUGCGCCGGAUGCAAACGGCCUGUAGGAGACACGCUCAGCUGGGAGACUAACGACGAGGACACCAAUUGCAUCCUGCUUAAGAGUGUUACACUCAAUGUCUCAGUACACAAAGAGCAAAAACUUUCAAGCCAGGCAGGUGAAACUGGCUGUAUUCUUGAAACCUUGUUUUGCUCUGGCUGCAACCUGAACCUUGGAAACAUUUAUAGAUGUACCCCAAGACAUCUUGACUAUAAACGAGAUUUGUUUUGCUUAAACAUAGACUCUCUAGAAAGUUAUACCUUAGGGUCAUCAGAACAAAAAGCUGACAUUGAUGAGGAACCUCUCACACUUGAAAGUCGAGCUAAUUUAGAAGAAUCAUUAGGAAGGGCAGAAACAAUACUGAAAGCACUAGAACAACGGUUAUCUGCAGUGGAAUCAAGUUUUGCAAUGCUUCACAAUAUUGGCUGAAAAAUAUGACUAUUGCUGUAAAAUUGUUGGAUUACUGCAAGAGUCUAGUCACAAAUUAUAAAACUCUACUCAGUCUUCUAAUUAAGACUACAGACACUUGAGAAACAAAAACAAAAUCUCUAAAGUUGAAUAAAUUUCUAGGAAAUCUUGUAAAUAUGCCCACGUUGGUCCUUUUACAAUAUUUUUAAUCUCAAACAUUCUAAAUAAUUGAAAUUCCAAUAAUCUUGUCUGUGUUUUUGUCCUUUCUGUUUUGUAUACUGCAUACAGUUUCUUACUUUGAUUGGCAGCUUAGAUUGGAAUGUACAUCAUCCACUUUUUGUGGAAAAGAUGAUUGCUUUGGAUACCUUAUGGUUUUCAGAGCAUUACAGUUGAAUCUUUUAUGUAUUGUAGCAGCCAUGUAAUUGUCUACUAGUUUAAGAUAUUGAUAUAUUAUGUGUAAUAUACUGGCAGAGGCUAUAUCCAUACAUAUUUCUUAGCUUGUAUUGUUCCAAUGUUUUUUUUUUACUGUACUUUGAAAUAUUCAAGAAUAAAAAACUCUUCCAGAAAAUACAAACUAACAUGGCAAGAAAUUCUUAACUAAAAAGAAAACCUAGAAAUAAAUUGACUGUACUAGAUACUUUACAAAAUAAAGUGGCAAAAGUUACAUAAUUUAAAGGUUUGCCAUUGUAUUUUAGAAGAAUUGUUUUUUAAAUAUCAGGAAUGUUCUUUAAAAAUCAAAAUACUUGAAUGCAAUGAUGUAAAUGUUUCAGUAAAAAUAAAAAAUAUAUAGUUGAACUGGAAUUUAAAAUUCAGUUAAGUUUUAUUGUAAGUCUUUGUGCUUAUUUAUUACUUUAUUCUGUAAUGAAGAAUAGAAUAGAAGCUACAUGUAAUUUGCCACACUGAAAUGCCUUUUAUGUUCCAAAUAAAUCUAGGUGGGAUUAGUCAUCACAGAUUUCUCAUUAUGUUGUAGCACAUUUUGUUCAUCUAAAUAGAACACAUCAUGCUGGUUUGUCUUUAUUUUUUUCUUCUUUAGAAAUGGAAAAAACAGCUACUAUUCAUCAAGCUAUAAUUUGAUACAUAACGUAUGUACAUAUGCUUGUAUAUUAUGUAUGGAUAGAAUGGGGUAUGUUGAAUAAAACAAAAUCUGUAUUGACAUGAUGUUUUACACCGCUUUGCUGCUUCAAUACAAAGAAAUGGCUAACCAUUGCCAAUUAGGUUAGAAUAUCAUACAGUAAUAACUAACCAUUUAAUACUUCAAGAACAGGUAAAUUUACAUAAAUUCUAUUUCCAAAAUCUAUAGAAAAGCUAAGAUUUAAUUGCUCUUUGAAAUAUUGGCAGAGAUGCAGCUCUUUGUACAAGCAUUUUCUUUCAGAUCUGAAUCAGUUACAAAAAUGCAUUAUGCUGGUGUCUUCAUUUAGAAACAUGAAAUUUAUAACUAGACUAACAUUCCCGAUCUUUUUUGUUAUUAGAGACUAACAGCGUCUCUGGGAAUAAUGCAAAGAGAUAUCCUAUAAAACCAAUUACUCUUUGUUUAAAGGCAGCAAAAGCUUGGUACCUUAUAAGCCUGUUACUAGCAGGAGUUUGAAAUUUUAAGCAUGCUUCCCAUUGUUACUCUUCUACCUGUUAAAUUAGAAGUGCAGUCUUACUGUUCCAUUGGAAUGAUCCUGAUUGCACUGAGUAAGUUCUAAUAAUUAGCAUGUACUGAAUCAUAAAUCUAAUGAUUGGAAUAUAUCAGUUCAGCUUAAAAAUAGAUAAUAGAGACACAUACAUUUUUAAAUAUGUUAAUAUAAAUUCCAAGGUGUGUGUGGGCAGAAAUUGUCAAGGGUAACCAUGCAUGAAUUUUAAUUGUUUUCAUGGAUUAAUAGUGUAGACUUUUAAAGGGUGGUUCGUGUUAAUUUUUGUUCCCCCUUUUCAUCCCAGAGAUUAACUGUAAAUCUGUGCCAAAUGUUAGGAUAUACUUGCACUGACUGUUGAAAGCUUUUUAAAAUUUACACAGGAGUGAUAAUAUUUUUGUUUUUUAUCCCUAAUGUGAGAUAAUAACAGCCAUGUUAGUUUUGAAAGAUCGUAAAUGGUUUGCUAUUUGUUCCCACCAUAAACAGCAAUCAUUGUAAAAGGUUUCUUAGGAAGACAUAAGAGUGCAUUCAGAUGUCCUGCACAGAUAAAUAACAAAAUAGCUGCAGCAUUUGUUCUGAUAUAAUUGGAUUGACAUUUUAUUAGGAAGUCCAUUUUGCUGCAUGCUUUUCUUAAUAUCCAAACAGAAUAGCAUGCUCAAACUUUGGUCUCUUUAAAGUUACUAGUUUUUAACUAAGAACUAGAUCUUUCCUCAAGGUCAUCUCUCUGAAGCUAUCCCAGCCGAAAGAGGGGAAAGGCAAGGCGGUAUACUGUCCCCCUUUUCAAUUUCUACAUUAAUCCAAUAAUACAGCUGCUCAUGGUCCCUGCUCAUCAUCUUCCUGUUUUGAUAGAACUAGUGAUUUUUGGCACUUUUAUAUGCAGAUUAUAUGAUUCCCAUGUAUGUUUCUCAGGUAGGAAUGAGAAGGGCACUAGUUUUUUCUGCCUAGAAGAUUAUUAAUGAACAAAAAACAAAGAGUUCUAGCAUUUGCUUGACACCACCAUAAAAUGGCACAAAUGACAAUUAAUGGGAUUCCAAUUGAGCACCACUAGCUUGGAGUGCUGUUGCACAGCAAUCUAUCUUGGAAUACACAUCUUUUCUACUAGGCUAAUGGUGUUAAGGCUAGCUCCAGAGCUAUUCAAUGUUUUUAGCUGUCUUUAUUUUUAUCCUUAUUUUGUAUGCUGCCCAGUGCCCACUGGAGUUGGAUGACCAAUAUAAGGUAUUAGUGGCCAAGACUAUGCUUCAGCUUCUGUACCAUACUUAGGCAUUAAAAAUACCAGAUCCGCUCAGUGCUUCAGGCCUUCCCUCUGUUUGCAAAGCUUUUUCCUGCAGUUCUCGUCCAGGCCUCCCUUUGCAGAGAACAGAGGCCUAAAGUACCAUGAGAUCAGGCAAGAUCGGUAGCAAUAGGCAGGGCAAAUUUUGCAGAGUCUCUGCGGUCAUUUGUAAGUGCGAAUGACUGCUGUGGUGCUGCAACAUUCGUAAUUUUGGGACUUGGGGGGGUUAAGUCAUAACUUCAAACGGUCACUAAAUGAACUAUCGUAACGUGGAUUACCUAUACUUCUAAUUAAACACUAGUUAGAGAAAAACUGAUUAAAAAGAAAAAUAGAAUUAGACAAAGAAUGAGAUGAAAACAAGACUGUAAGAGAACUAUUCCUAAAACUACUAAUAUUUAGCUAUCACAAAAUAUCAUACAAAAAUCAAGGAAAUAUAUACUAAGGAGAUGUCCAGUCAUUACUUGGUUCAAAGGUAUAGCUAAUGUGAAUUUGCAAUAGGAAAUGUUGGUUCAGGAGCAGAAUAAUACCUUACAUUGAAUACUACAGGAUGACUGGCCAAUAUCAAGGCAGAUCUAGGGAGAGAGGGGAACUGUACUGGAUGCAGGUAUCCUGUUAGAUGCUUUGCUACCCAAUCUUGUGUUCAAAGGAAGCUCUAUACACUAAAGAUUUUAUUCCUAAAUAUGGAUGCAUAAGAUUUCAAUGUAGACUUCAUUUCAGCGAUGCUAUCUCAAAACUAACCAAUAAGCUACAGUAAUAAUACACAAAUGUAAUGCCUGAAAGCAAUAUUGUUUCUACAAAUUUAGGUUCCCCUACAUGAAUUAUAGUAUGAAAUGAACUUUACCAUCCCCAUAUGGUAAAGAACACAUUGGCUGUCAAAUCCAAUUUAUGGAUUUUCAGAAUGUAGUUAGCCCGUAUGUACUGUAUGUAUUAUUUUUUAGUCAGUAUUGUCCAUGUCCUUAAAAUGUCUUCAAGGUACAUGCUAAUGGGAUUAUGGCCCAAAUAUGGUAACAUAAUUAAAGUCUCUCUCUGUACACAUAGAUUUAUGCAGGAUAUAAUUCUAACAUAUCUAAAGACACCCAGGCUGGAGAAGACUUCUCCAUGUCUGAGCUUCUAGAAACAAAAAUAUUGAGAGAAUAGAAUAGAAUAGAAUAGAAUAGAAUAGAAUAGAAUAGAAUCUGGAAGGGACCUUGAAAAUCUUCUAGUCCAGCCCCCUGCUCAAGCAGGAGAACCUAUACCAUCUCAGACAAGUGACUGUCUGGCCUCUUUUUAAACAUCUCCAGUGAUGGAGCACCCACGAUUUCUGGGGGCAAGCUAUUCCACUGGUUAAUUGUCUUCAUUGUCAGGAGGACAUAUAGAUUCAUAUUCUGGAACAGGAAAGAAGGUAAUGAUUUUAGUGUGACUGAUUAGGCACAUAUUAGAUUUAUCUUCCUUGAUAUGGUCACUAAAACAGCAAUUUCAUAUUUGUCUAUUGUGUAUUCUAUUCUACCACAAGAUGGCAUGUUUGCCCUCUAGCUGUUCUUUUUGGCCUUUUAAUUUUGUUAUUGCUUCAUUAUUUCAGGUCUGAUACAUGGUCCAUUAAUUUAUCAUUAGUUCCUCAAAUUUACAAAUCAAAAUAGGAAGCAUUAGGUCUUUCUAACAACCCAUUACUUAACUGGAAAUGUUGUGCGAGUCAUUUCUGUUCAAUUCAGUUGUAUUCAUUUUUUUUUCAUUCAAUAAAAAUGGGUUUUUACUAGUCAAUUUAUUUUCUAUAUUCCCCUUUUUAGAUUUUAAUGGUAUUAUGCCAGUUUAUUUGGGGAAGAAUGCUGGUUAAUAUAUUGCUGGUUACUAAAGACACUUAGUGCAAACACUACUAACCAAGAUUGUGGGCUAGUUCUUAAAAACAGCAGCUGAAGCAGUAAAUCUGCACAUUCUCAACUUCAGUUUACAACUGGAAGAUCAUGUUGAUUCUUACAAGAAAUCCACCCUCAUGUGACACAUGUCUGACUUGAAAGCCCCUAUAUUAAAAUGAUCAGAAAUUGUACAGCUUGAUAAAGUAUUCCAUUUAGCUUAACCAAGUCCAUCAAACUGCCGGUCCAUGGGCUGAAUGUGUCAUGCCAAAACUGUGCCCACCCCAUUGCUGGCAAUUGAAAAAAAGUUGCAAUAUGGCGUAACACGUCACCUGACGUUGCGAGUUUGACACCCUUGAUCUAAUGCAAACUAGUGCUCUGUAGAUAUGUUGAAUUCCUGACCAGCAAAGCUGCUGACAAAGUGGGCUGCAACUAUCACUCAGUGCCUCCAGAUGAUACCAAGUUACAAAAUAUAACCCUAAUGUAAUAUUCAUUCAUUCAUUCAUUCAUUCAUUCAUCUUUAUUAAAUUUGUUGCCCACCCAUCUUACUACAAGAUAACUAAUGUUACAGAAGAAGUAUAUAUUUGCCUUAGAAAAAUAUUCUCAGUUUGUAUCUUAUGUAAAAAUAACUGAAUAAAUUUUUGAAGCUUUGUAUCUACUUCUGCUUACCACUCCCAACGUAGAGAGCAAUGUAACAAGUUGAUUAUAACCAUUGUUCUUAUGACCUCUAUCUUCAGUUCAGAUGCAAAACUACUUAUAAGUGUGAAUAAUAUAUAUGUAUUUAUGGCUGUAGAUUACAGUAAUCCUCCCAAACUAACCAUUCUUUUCAAUAUCUAUUUUUUAUUUUGAAAUUUUGUAAACUUUCCAUAGGUUCUAAAUCAAAGUGUAAAUAACUUUUCUGCAAGCAGAAAUUAACCACACACAUUUGUUAAAAUGUAUGUUUAAAACAAUUAUAUCUUGUAUUAUGUCACUUUUUAAAGAUGCUACAUUAUAAAGAGGAGUGGUAGCAAGCCCUGGCAUAUAUAGACAAUUUUGGACUUCUGCCUCGGCACAUUCCUUUUAAUAAUAAAGAUGCUACAUUUGAUGGCGUUGGUAUACAUUUUAAAAGUAUCCUGCUGAAUUCUAAUUAGUUUCACUAUUCAACUGUUCUUUAUCUAUCCAGAUAAUGGCUGGGUACCCCAAAUGACUGCUAAAGUAAGAACUUCAGUCAACAUUCCAGACAAAUCAUUGUGAUCUUGACUUCAAAGUUAGGAAAGAAACCAAUCUUCUUUCAAAAGACUUAGAUAUAGGCCACAUUUAUUUCAGAACCACCAGAUGCUCUGAUUGAGAAAAAAAAUGACCCAUUAUUUCUAAGAGCAAACCUCUGUUAUCAGUUAUUGGAUAAUCCAAUGUGUUGCAAGCUUUCCAGCUUAAUCUAUCACAGAAUGAAUUUUCCAGUUUUUUAAAAACAAGAAAAGUUACAAUUUAAUUUUGUCCUGUUAAAUGAGAGUUAGCUUUCAUAUAUGUAUCUGCCUAGUGGUUAGUAGCUCAGAAAACUGUUUUCUGGUGCCCAGUAAAAGAAACAUAUUUACUUUGUUUUCAGAAGCUUAUGAAAAGUGGCAUUAUACUUUUUUAUUGUUCAAAGGUGGAAUCUAGAUUCAAAAACAAAAUAUAGGAUUCAGCCUUCCAUCCUUCCAAGGUCGGUAAAAUGAGGACCCAGAUUGUUGGGGCCAAUAUGCUGACUCAGUAAACCACUUAAAGAGGGCUGUAGAGCACUGUGAAGUGAUAUAUAAGUCUAAGUGCUAUUGCUAGUAGUAGUGAACAGUGAUAGAAAGGAAUUCCUGACCUAAAUAUUUCAAAUCUAUUGUUUAUAGAAACAAUUGAAAAGCUUAGGUGAAGGAAUAAAUAAAUUAUUAAUACCAAAUACAAAUCAAAUAGAUAUAAGGAACGUGGGUGUCAAUUUAAAUUUAAAUGUGAUAAUUUAGGAAAGAUCCUGGCAAAGAGGAAGAUUUGGUUCGUAAAUAGAAUAUUCAGAAUAGCAAAUUAUAAAAGAAAACCUACAGGGGUAGGCUCAAACUACAUAACAUAAGAGAUAUCCAACUCCUGAGAGUACUGUACAUUACUAAUUGAAAGAGGAGGCUUUGACCUUUUUUUUUCCUUACAUCAUUUCUCCAACGCAAACUUCCAAAGUUACAUUUGCUCUGCUUUAAAAACACAUGUAAGAAUCAAAAUAAUGUCCUAUCAUAAAUCUCUCAACUGUCUUUUACCCUGUGGAGAUGCAGUUCUGUCUCUUUUGAGCAUGGGAACCCUUCACUCUGGUGUAUUUUAUAAUCAUAACCAUCUCUGAAGGCAUUAUCUCUCUCAUUAGACUGUAUUUAAGUGUCCUGAUCAAUAUGGUAACAUUUGCCCUGUGAUUUACUAUAAUUUUUUCUACUGUGUGAUUUGGGUUAUUACUUGAGUAAUCUAAAGUUAUUUCUGAAUCGGUUUCCAUCACAGACUCCUCCUCUUGAAGCCUGCUGGAUGGUAUCCAGGUUGAUCUGUGUUGAGCUGAUAAAGACCAUCCAUUGCUUGGUCUGGUUUUUUUUUUUUUUUUUUAGUAAGGGCUGCCUCUAUCUCUAUGCAUUAUCUAUGCAUACAAUUGGAAUUCUUAUGCAAUUUUUUAAAAAAUUAUAAAUGUGAAGUUCUUUGGGAAGAUAUAUUCUUCCAAAAUUGUUACAAAGCAUGGUCAGCCAUCAAUAUAGUAUAUCAUUUGCACUUCUUUCUACAAAUUUUAUAUUUUUCCCAAAGAAAUAUGACUAGUGAAGCAAUAAUAGCCUAUCUGUUAUUUCCCCCCCACAAUAGGUAAUAAUUCCAUGUUUAAACCAACAUCCUACAGAAAUCCCUUCUAAGAAUAACUCACUUUUAUUUCCUUCUCAGAUGCACAUUUCUGUGGGUUUGCAGCUUAAUGUAUGCUAGCCCAUUCAAUAAAGAGUGUUUUGUUUCCUGCAAAGUGGAGAGAACCUUCUUCUCCAUCCUGACUUUAAAGGUCCAUAUAUAUAAACUGAAGCAGCUGGGUGAAUCAAUACGCUAAAUAAACAGUACUCAUAUGGAAAAACUUAGAAAUCCCUGCCAAGCCGAGAGAGAUGAAGGAAUAUGCAUUUGGUGAUGAUUGUUAAACCAAAUGAUUUGUGGAGGGCUGGGCUGAUGAAAGGUCAGUUUGUUGAGUUUGGAUAGUGACUCCUGUUUUCUCAUAGUGUCAAAAUGCUGAAAAUAAAGUAUGCUUUUAUUUGUUUGUAUCUCAUAUCACAGGACACACCUCCCAGUUUUUACUUACAUAUUUGAUACAACAAUGAAACUUUGCUAAUCUUAGUCCCCAUUAGAAAUGAAAGAAUAUGACCAUUGUGGCUUUUCUGUUUUUCACGAAUCUAUCAAAUUGGGGAGGGGAGGGAGGUUUCCUUCCGUUUCUCUUUUUUGAGAAGUCUGCUUAAUGAGAAUGUUUAGUCAGUUGUGUAUAGUUUGAAGCACAGUUCUCUAAAAAUGAGUUUUGGGUGAAGUUUGUCUAAUAUACAUGAUUUUUGCAAAUAUUUCUCUUAUAUAGUGCUUCUUUUGUGUGAUGUCAUUUUUGACCAGGAUGAUCACUUUGCAAACUGAGAUCAUUUUUAAUGUGUAUGAUUGUAUAUAGAAAAACAUAUUUUUAUGUUAGGCAAGUAGGACAAUGUGAAUGUAUAUUUUUAUUCUUAUCCUAAUUAACAAUGUAUAAAUGUCUCUCUCUAUAAAUUGGAAUGAAAGCAUAUAAAUCAGGAUGAAAGCUACAUAGAACUGGAAUAUAUUUUAUAGAAGUAUGGAUGUCUGUGUCUUGGCAAGUUGGGAGACCUUAACAAAUCUUGCCUUAGCUCUUAACUACAGAGGGUCAAGACCUGAUUAGAACUUGAUGGGAAUCUUCAGCAAAUGUCAAUGCUGUAGGAUAAACUGGGAUUUUAGAAGAAGAAGAAGAAGAAGAAGAAGAAGGAGAAGGAGAAGGAGAAGGAGAAGGAGAAGAAGAAGAAGAAGAAGAAGAAGAAGAAGAAGAAGAAGAAGAAGAAAGCAAUGGCAAUCAUUUCUAUACUUUUGCUAAGAGAGCUACAUCCGUCUUUCCAUGAGGUUUUCAUGAGUUGAAAUAGAAUAGAAAUGAAUAGAAAGAAAUUCUAUUUUAUGAGUACCGUAUCUGUAAAUAUAAGUAGUAUAAGUAGCCUUGCUGCAAAGAAAACAAAAUUCCAGUUUUCAUCUUUGUAUCUGCUACUGUGAAUGGACAACUGUAUAGAUUUCAGUGAACAUUUUUGUAAGAGAUGAAAAUUCAGAUGCUUGGAAUUCGCAAGUAUCUCAAUGCUCCAAUUGAUUAAAAGUGGCUUGGUAAUUGAUAAUAUGACUUGCAUGCUAUUUAGAGAGUAUGUGAGCAAUAUAAUGCUGUAAAAUGUUUUGGUAUAAGAUUAUUUAAGGACAUUCCCGUGCUAUUUUCUGUAUCUCAUUCAUGCCAUAUAUUGUGCAAAACUGAGCAACUGACCUGAGCUAAGAUGAGAAUUUGACAGGUGGUAAAUUCCUCUUAAUAAAAGGCUUGCAAACCA